AUGGCUCCUAAAUUAUUCUUGUUUAUGUAUACCUUGUUAUUAUCUUUCCAUGGAAUCUCCUCGAGUGACAGCAUCAAGUACAAAGUGAUUAAUGGUGUUCCAAAAACUCCCGGUGGCAUCAAGUUCACAGAAGAAAUUGGAAUUUCCUAUACACAAGAAUUAUUACCUAAAAUCACAAACUUCAUAUGGUCCAUUAUCUUCCAACAAAACAAUCUGUCAGAUCGAAAGCCCUUAGAUGCUAUAGAAGUGUUCAUAAGUGAUCAAAUGAAAGUUGGAGGAUCACUAGGUAUACCAUGGGGAAACAACAAAAUUAAUAUUAACUCUAAAUAUAUACAAGAGUUUAAAGGGGAUGACCUGAAAUGGCACUUCACAGGCGCUAUGUAUCACGAAGUGACCCACCUUCUUCAAUGGAACAAGGAUAUAUUACCCGGUAGUCUGAAACAAGGCAUUGCGGAAUAUACGGAAUUAAAAGCAAACUAUGUAGUGCCGAACUAUACAAAGCCCGGAGAAGGUAAUAGUUGGGACCAAGGGUCUAGUAUCAAUUGUCGGUUUCUAGAAUAUUGUGACGGGGUCGUUCCAGGUUUUGUGGCAAAGCUUAACAAAAAGAUUAGGACGAAAUAUGAUGUUUCUUUCUUUAAAUAA